AAGGUAAGGUCUCGCCUUCUGCAGUCGGGUUUCUCUCACAUUCCACUCCUCGCCCCUUCGGUCCAAGGUGCAAACGCCAGAUAGCCCUGCAGGCCCAUAGGAAGCGACCAUCAGAGAUUGAGGAAAAUCCGCGAGCUUGAACCUUGGCGUCCGGCGUGGAAGUGUCCUAGGAGACCGCCAGAAGUGCUCUAGCCGGAGUCUGGAAGAGUUCCCUUUUGGCCGAGAGGGGGAGCCCCGCUUCCCAGUCCGGAGUGACCCGGAGUCCCGAGCCUCCAGUCCCAGCCCCAGCCACAACCAGCGCCAGUUUUGGCUUCAGGCUAUUAGGAAGAGGAGGGAGAGGGUAGAGAGCGCAAAGAGGGAGGGGACCUGAGCAGGAGGGUCCCAAGUCCGGCACUGCAUUUGCGUACGGAAACUUUCCCUCUCGGCCACGGAAACGUCAGCGCCACUGUGCUGGAGCGGAGAUCCGAGGCGGCAGCAGCUCUCCACGCCCCUGCCCCAAGCUGACCCGGUCGCAUCAGUCACUAAGUGUUAUGUGAUUGCAUCUGAUACACGUAGGAGAGAAAGUGACUGCAAGAGAACUUGGAUGGCAGCUGCAUGACUGAAACUACCAAAGUCAAGUGUCGGUAUUCUUUCAACUAAAGUUCAGCAAAACCAGGCUGUAAAGUGUGAUUGAAUCGAACACCUCUUUGGCUGAUCCUCAUCAUGAACCGUGCUUUUAGCAGGAAGAAAGACAAAACAUGGAUGCACACGCCUGAAGCUUUAUCAAAACAUUACAUUCCCUAUAAUGCAAAGUUUCUUGGCAGCACGGAAGUGGAGCAGCCCAAAGGAACGGAAGUGGUCCGAGAUGCUGUAAGAAAACUAAAGUUUGCAAGACAUAUCAAGAAAUCCGAAGGCCAGAAAAUCCCUAAAGUUGAGUUACAAAUAUCAAUUUAUGGAGUAAAAAUUCUAGAACCCAAAACAAAGGAAGUCCAACACAAUUGCCAGCUUCAUAGAAUAUCAUUUUGUGCAGAUGAUAAAACUGACAAGAGGAUAUUCACUUUCAUAUGCAAAGAUUCUGAAUCAAAUAAACAUUUGUGCUAUGUAUUUGACAGCGAAAAGUGUGCUGAAGAAAUAACUUUAACAAUUGGCCAAGCGUUUAACCUGGCAUACAGGAAAUUUCUAGAAUCUGGAGGAAAAGAUGUUGAAACAAGAAAACAGAUUGCAGGGUUACAGAAAAGAAUUCAAGACUUAGAAACAGAAAAUAUGGAACUUAAAAACAAAGUGCAAGAUUUGGAAAACCAGCUAAGAAUAACCCAGGUAUCAACAUCGCCUCUGCUGCACACAGUGUCUGAUCAUGAGCAACACGGGUUUCAGAGAUGCUCAUCCUCUUUCUGGCGUAGUAGUGGUGGCCCACCUCCCUGUCUAAAUGUCUCUUCCAUUACUGUCACUCCUGUCAACUCCACUGAUUCCAGACUGUCACUGGGACUGUUAAUACCACCACCUUCUAAAUGUGGCCUUCCCAAGCCAAUCAGUGAGCGCAGCAUUCCGAGACCUCAUGCAGGCAGUGUGCCACCGAAGUCGCCCUCCACUGACAUCUUUGAUAUGAUCCCAUUUUCUCCAAUAUCACACCAGUCUGCAGUACCUACUCCCAAUGGCACACAGCCACCUCCCAUACCCAGUAGAUCUACUGAGAUUAAACGGGACCUGUUUGGAGCAGAACCUUUUGACCCAUUUAAUUGUGGAGCAGGGGAGUUCCCUCCUGAUAUUCAAUCAAAAUUAGAUGAAAUGCAGGAGGGGUUCAAAAUGGGACUAACUCUCGAAGGCACAGUAUUUUGCCUUGACCCACUAGACAGCAGGUGCUGACGUCGAAAAACAGGUUCCUUAUUCAUGUUAAAUUUAUUUCAUCCACAUAUAUAUAUAAAUAUAUCAUUCAUUAUUACUUUAUAACAGGUCUUAUACUUGUGCCAAUAAAUUUGUUAAUAUUUUCACUUUCUGAAAUUUAUUUCAGUAAAAUAUCCUCAUACAUUCACUGUUGCUCUGUAAAAUUUUAUUUUAAAAACAACUCACUGUAAAGUAAAUCAUCCUUUUAUGUUCAUUUCAGUUUCUAUUAUAGAAGAAUUUGUAAUCAAAAAACAAAUUAUCCAAAUAUCUAUCGUGUGUCUGAGUUCUAAAUAGUUAGCAUCUUGAAAUAUUGUGUUCAUAUAUACCAGGCUGCUAGAUUAUGAUUGAUUUUCUAAAAGCCAUACCUUAACAAUACCUUUCAAUGUCCUAAAGAGACAUACCAAUUUCAAACCUAGUACCGUAUUCAAACUAAUAAACAUGUUACCAUUCAUUAGACAGAUGUCAUUUUAUUAUGAAAUGUAGUUUCAUAUCAUUAGAAAAACUUAAACUUUGAAUACAAUGCCACCAGAUCAUUUUCAGCAGGUUAAAUAACAAAUAUAUAAAUUCUUACAAUAAUUAAAUCAAAUGUAUUUAGAGUAUUAGUAAAUGCAGGGUAAUAAUGUUAGUUAUCAUCAGUUAUACUCUAAAUAUUAUAUUUAUUUCGUAAAUAAAUAUUGUGGAAAAAAGAAAAUCUGCUAUUUACAAAAAAUUUAACAUUUAAUUUUAAUGAGAUAAUUUCCAUUACCAAACAUGUAAUCGAGUCUCAUGUAUCCUGAAAAAGCAUUUGAAAAGUAUGCUAUCUCUAGUUUCAGUUUGUUCCUAUUUACUUUACCAAAUAUAUUUUUGUCUCAAAGUAUUGUGAUGCCUCAUUAGUUUUGAUACUCUAAAAUCUAUGACAACUAUUCAUGAAUAAUCAGUUAUUUAGCAAAUAUAAUAUUUUAUUGUUGAAGUUAGAAUCUCAUUUUUUUAUAAAAAUCAACUUGCCUUUAGUUUAGUUUUUAACAUAAAUAUUUUUACUCAGUACAACAAAAAUUUAUGGUUAAAACUUAUAAUUUGAUUCAUUACAUUGUCAAAAAAAUUAAUUAAUGAGUUUAGAUUGGGGGUAGAUCUCAAAACAGAUUUUACUUUCUUUUUAGUCUUGGAAAGUUUUUUUCUAGUGCUAAAGACACAUUUUCACUAGACAAAGACAUUAAAUAGCUUAUGCAAUGUUGUAUUUGUAUGUUUCUUCAUCAUGUUCUUUGAUAUAUAUAAGCCUUGUUGUUUGUUUUCUGCUAUCUGCUAAGUUGUAUCUUAAUUAGAAGACAGUAUAUGUUUCAUAAAAAAAGUCUUUAUAAUUUUGUUGGUCAUACAGUAUUUUGGAAUUUGUAUAAUGAGGACGCUUAGAAGCCAUAUCAGUGGCUUUUUUUAACAGAUAGAAUUUGUAUUUUUAUUGUACUUUAAAAAGCUUUAUGUAAUAGGUAUAUAUUUAGUGGCCAUUUAUUAUCAAUGGUAACAUAAUAGAAUACUUAAGAUGUAUUUGCACAUUUAAGAUUAUUACUUUACCAAUUUUUAAUGGUAAUCGGUUCUGCUAUGGGCAUGGUUAAAUAGUCCACAAUUGGUCAUUACUUAUGAGAAUUUAUUUCACCGAUGCAUUUUUAUGAAGAUCCAGUUGAAAAGUGUAUUUCUAUGUAAACUCAAUGAUAUGUUUGAUUUUGCUGAAAAUAAAUGAUUUGAAU